UUGGCCUCUUAGUCUUGGAAAAUACAGCAUGAUGGAGAGGUAUUACUUAUUAAUGAAAUGGAAGAAGGACUUGCCUUUCAGCCAUUUUGUCAAGUUUUGAACAUUUCCUUGUGAUUUGUUUCACAUUUAAAUGAUAUGUAUAUUUACAUGGGCAUGCAAACAACAGGUGUAUGAAUAUAUGGUAACUCAAAAAGAUAGUGUUUUAAAAUACUGUUGGAGUUGGUUAAAGAAAUUUGUGCACAAAAACAUUAAUACAACCACUGGGAAGUCUUGUUGCAAUUGAAAAUCCAUAGGGGAGGGGAGGAUGUGUUUUUUUUGGCUCUGGAGUCCAAUUAUCAGGGGUUUAUGGGUGUUAAGCUCCCAGAAACUCCGGGUUCACGGGUUUGAAGGACCAAAAACAAAUAUGCUGUGUUUGUCUCUGAAAGUUGUGUGUGCUGUGUUUAUUUCAGAAUUUUCUGUUAUCUUUGCCAAGGAUAUGGCCUAUUUCCUGAGCAACCAGAUGGAUAGACUUAACGAGGUGUUACCUGAGGGGUAUGUGCACACCUUCCUGAUUCGUCACCCCCGUAAAACAGUGGCCUCCCUCUACAAGGCCUCACUCAAUGAUUCCACAAAGGGUUUUAAUUAUUUUGAUCCGGCUCAAGCAGAGUUCAAAUCUUUACACGACUUAUUCUUCACGAUUAAGGGGCAGACUGGGGAAACACCUUUAGUGAUAGAUGCUGAUGACCUUCUUGAAAAUCCAGAUCGCAUGCUUAAAAAGUACUGCAUGAAGACUGGUCUAACAUUCUCUGAGAAGAUGCUGAAGUGGGACCGUGGGGGUAUGUCAGACCUGGAGGAAGCAUUCCCUGGGUGGCAGGAGGUGCUCAACGAGACAACAGGUUUUCUGAAGCCUCAGGCCACCAGCCCAAAGGAAGACCCGAAGUUGUCAGAAGCUGCAGAACAAGCCAUUCAUGACAACAUGGAGUACUACAAUACUCUGUACAGUUACAGGAUAUCAUGCUGAUCACACUGAUCAUACAUGAUAAUAAACUAUAUACAAACUCACUCAUACAUUAUACUAGUAUCUCAACAUUUUUAUCCAUCAAUCCUUCUUUGACAUCACUCAGCAUGUAGUAUGAAGAGUUGUGGAGAAUUUAUAGAAUUUUCUAAGACAGUUUUUCCUGUAUUGUUUAUACACAUAUCAAGACCUGGCUGCAAGAUUGUGGUGGAAAUGCUUGGUAACAUUUUACUCAGUACGUCAGAUACAAGAAAAUAUAUGUCAAACCAGCUUGUGUAUUUAUAACAUUUGCUGAUAAUAUAAACAGCACUACCAAACAUAUCCAGCAGAUGACCAGUUUUAGUGGUCAUGGUAUGUAUACAAUGUUGUUAAACAGUUUUACAUUUUUUUUUUAUGAGACUGAUACCUGAUGGGUUACACUUUGUGGUACUUAAGGUAUUAAAAUAACACUUGUUUGCUGUUCAUGUCAAAAGCCUAAUUGCACCGAGCAUACUUAUAUGACUGGUUAUUGAUUUUUUUUUGUCUAAACUUUGCCUAUGGUUAUCUUUCAAAUACUCAGUGAUGAAAGCCGUAUCUUUUAGCUGUGACAAGCAACUUUAUAUGUCGUGACAAAUUUCUGACAUUCUAUCAAACAUGGACAAUUCACUUAAACAAUCCCGGAUGACCACGACUUUAUGCAGAAUAUCACAUGCACCUAUUGUGACUUUGCACUUGUUGUUUAUUUUGGUUUAGAGAUUAGACAAGUGUUAAUUAGUAAUUGCAUUUCUGUGAUGUUUUAUCCUCCAAACAAAGGCAAAGAAAUUCAUAUUCCCUUCUGCUCUGGACAUGUCAGAAAAUUGGAUCAAUAUUUUUCUCAUUGCUUGAUAACUAAUCUUUUUAUCUGUCUAAUUCUAUGAGGUAAAAAUGUGUUCCUUGGGCAUUCACGCCUAAAAGGGCUCAAGUCCAAAGUUUAUCCAGAGAAUUUGAUGAAAUUUUUUUUCCUCUUGCUCGAUGUUAAUUUUUUUUAAAAUCUGUCAUUUUUAUUUGGCCAGAUAAAAAAAAUCCUACCAACCUACUCCUUAUUUACUGGUAGUGUUGUGUUACACCUAGUUGUGAGAGAGACAUAGCUUCCACAUUGAUUACCAGAUGGUAAAUAUAUAUUUGUGACUUGUCAGUGAACAACUGAGGUACUCUGGUGGUGUUGUUCCACUUCUCUCAGACUUGGAAUAUUGCUCAAUGCUUUGGGCAAUGUAUUGGGAAAGGCGUUUCAAGUCAGUAUCUGAUAUCUUAUAGAAUAAGGUAGCCACAAUCGUUGUCCAUAAGUUUUUACCACAGUCAGAAUACACACAUUCACAUAUACUUAUACCACAAUCUCGCAGAACACACACAUUGUGUUUAACAUAGUUGUCAUAGUUGUCAAUUUGGAAGGCUUUCGUCGGGGAAUAGGAUGUAAGUUGUCUUUCAUAAUCCUGUACUAUUUGAUAUUUUCCACAACUUUUUAACAUUAGAUCAUCAUAAUGAAAUACGUAGAAGUUCGUUGGUCAUUAUAUUAUGUCAACUAGGCCCUACACUGUUUU